UGAGUCUGCUUUCUUCCACAUGGUGGAAGACUCGGAAGGCUCGAAGCAUUGUAAUGUCGAAGAAGUGAUGUCUUCAGCCUCUACGUACGUGAAAGGGCUUUCUUUUGAGCUACUGACGAUCCGCGUACUAAGAAGGCACUCGUUUAUUAUCCAACAUUGUGGAAAGUCAGGAGAUCGAGGAAUCGAUUUUAGGGGUCAAUGGAUUCUACCAGACAAUAAACUCUCAGUCAUUGGUCAAUGCAAAAAUCAGGAACCAAAAGCGUCACCCUCUCAAGUACGUGAAUUAGAAGCUAUUGUUAAUGAGUUCUCAUCUGGAUCCCUCAUAACUGGUGUAUUAGUCAGCCAAUCAGGGUUUGUCUAUAAUUAUUUAUAAUUGUAUUUUAAUUUUGUCAGCCAUUUUUCACGACAAAAGUGAGCUUCUUUUAAUAGCUAUCAUUAUAAACACUCUUGCUUAUGUAGCAUCUAUGCAUUGCGAUGUUUAAGAUUUUAA